UGUUUCAGAGGCUCGGAGCCGGAGAAACAAAGCGAUAGUCAUUGACUUCCACGCCCACCUUCCCUUCCAAUCGGAUCCAACCAUCUAAUCCACCCCGCGCCGCCGCGCCUAUAAACUCUCCCCUGUUAACCCAAGUCCACCUCCGAACUGCUCCCAAUUCGACGCCGGCCGUUCUCUCCUCCCUCGUUUCCACCGGCUCACUCAGCCCCCUGCUCUUGCUGCUGCUUCCCUGUGCCCGCCCGCGGUUGUUUUCCGGCGAGCUUCGGGGGCCGUCUGGGAGGUAUGGCGGGGAAGGAGGGGGAGGAGGAGGUGUACGUGGCGUCGAUCGACCAGGGCACCACCAGCACCAGGUUCAUCGUCUACGACCGCCACGCCAGGCCCGUCGCCUCGCACCAGCUCGAGUUCAAGCAGCACUACCCGGAGGCAGGAUGGGUCGAGCAUGAUCCUAUGGAGAUCAUGGAGAGCGUGAGGGCGUGCAUGGCAAAUGCACUUGAGAAAGCUGCUGCUGAUGGAUUAAAUGUGUCUGCUGGCUUGAAGGCUAUAGGGAUCACAAAUCAGAGGGAGACCACUGUUAUGUGGAGCAAAUCCACAGGCCUUCCGCUCUAUAAUGCCAUUGUGUGGAUGGACGUUCGCACAAGCUCCAUUUGCAGGAGAUUGGAAGGUGAGCUGGCGGGUGGUAGAACACACUUUGUGGAGACAUGUGGAUUACCAAUCAGUACCUAUUUUAGUGCUCUGAAGCUACUUUGGUUGAUGGAAAAUGUUGAUGCUGUCAAGGAUGCAGUCCGGGCCGGGGAUGCAUUAUUUGGCACAAUCGACACCUGGCUGAUCUGGAACCUGACAGGAGGCAUUGGCGGUAAAGAUGGAAAACAGAUCGGACAGCAUGUCACAGAUUGCUCAAAUGCAUCUCGCACGAUGCUUAUGAAUCUAAAGGCACUUGAUUGGGACAAGCCUACACUCAAGGCAUUAGGAAUUCCUGCUGACAUCUUACCAAAGAUUAUCAGUAACUCAGAGAAAAUUGGUUUGGUUGCCGAUGGGUUUCCUUUGGCUGGUGUCCCCAUCUCAGGGUGUCUAGGAGAUCAGCAUGCAGCAAUGCUCGGGCAAUUAUGCCAAAAAGGUGAAGCAAAAAGCACCUAUGGAACUGGUGCCUUCAUCCUUCUCAACACAGGGGAGGAGGUUACCCAAUCUUCCCAUGGGCUUCUUAGCACAAUUGCUUAUAAGCUUGGCCCAAGCGCACCCACUAAUUAUGCUCUAGAAGGCUCGAUUGCAAUUGCUGGUGCAGCAGUUCAGUGGUUGAGGGACAGCCUCGGAAUCAUUCGCUCAGCAGCAGAAAUUGAAGAGUUGGCUGAAAGCGUGCAGGAUUCAGGUGGGAUAUACUUUGUGCCAGCAUUCAAUGGAUUGUUCGCACCAUGGUGGAGGGAUGAUGCCAGGGGGAUCUGCAUAGGAAUCACAAGGUUCACCAAUAAGGGGCACAUUGCUCGAGCAGUGCUUGAGAGUAUGUGCUUUCAGGUGAAUGAUGUCCUCAGCUCCAUGCACAAGGAUGCUGGGGAGGCAGGAGAAGUCAAGAGUGCUGAAGGAGAGUUCUUGUUGCGUGUUGAUGGUGGUGCUACUGUCAAUAACCUUCUCAUGCAGAUUCAGGCUGAUUUGCUGGGUAGUCCUGUUGUCAGACCAGCUGACAUCGAGACAACAGCCAUUGGAGCCGCAUAUGCAGCAGGGUUAGCUGCUGGUGUCUGGACAAAGGAGCAAAUAUUUGCAGGUUUGCACAAGGAGAACACGACAGUCUUCCGCCCGAAAUUGGAUGAGGCACACAGGAAGAAGAGAGGGGACUCCUGGUACAAGGCGGUCUCAAGAUCAUUUGAUCUGGCUGAUCUUUCUCUCUAGAUUGUUACACCUUGUUGCACGGUAAAUUGGAUCAGGUGUGUUUGAAGGUGGUAUAUCAUUUAACCCCUGUUUGUCAAUGAAUAAAUGGAAACGUUGUGCAUUACUUCGGUGGGUUCUUCUUCAGUUUCAUAGGAAGAAUCAGAGCAUACUUGUUCGUAUAUCUAUAGGUACAUGGAUAUCUGGAUUCUUCAGAAAGAAAUAUUUGUGUAGUAUUUGUAUUUUUCUGAAGUAAA